AUGUCUCAGUCACCUGGAAGUACUUUGGUAUCCAUUUCAAGAUCGCCUACUGUUGAAGAAAGUGUGCAGGAGAAAGCCACCUUAGAACGCACUAUCACAGCCUUGCAGUUCAUGGACGAUGUCAGAAAGAAAAUGCUCAGCGGCGUAACAACCAUCAAAGAGAAGGAUGAAGUCUACGACAGAAUGGAUCGUUUGGAAGAGAUGUGCACUACAUAUACCACAGAAAUGGGUACCGAUAACGAAAGAAAAAACAGGGACAAUUUUGACAAAGAGGUCCGUGCCCUAGAGUCAGAAAGCAAUAUCACGUUUGGAUGGAGAACUAGAAAAGAAGAAGAAGAAAAGGACGAAGACUUGCUUAUCAGUAACUUUGGUCAUACAUUAGACUGUAAACUUCCGUAA